UACUCAUCCCUACAUAUUAUUAAUCACUUACCCUGGUCACGCAAAGUGGAGCAUCUGUCAUUUCAGAGCUGCUCCUGAUAGACGUCUUUUAUCCCUUCCCUUCGCCUCGUGGUCCCUAUCAUCUCGUUGAUCACCCUAUCUACAAGUUUCAAUUGGCACAAGCCUUACCGACAUCCUCAACAUGCGCAGAGUGGCAGUUAUCAUCGGAGCGGGUCCUGGCACAGGAGCCGCUAUCGCUCAGCGAUUCUCAGCGACACAUUCCAUUCUUGUGCUCUCCCGGUCCCUUCCUGGAUCUCUACCCAAGCUCAAUCUGGACACUCCGUCCGACAGACUGCUGGCAGCUACGUCGGAUGGGUCGAAUGAGAGCUUGAAGAAGGCUUUUGAGCUCCUCUCCGCUCACUGGCCCAACUCAACGAUCGACGUCGGCGUCUACAAUACCAACUUCUCCUUCUCUCCCGGUCCAUUCCUCGAGCGGACCGAGGAUCAGCUGCGGACAAACCUUGAAUCCGGCAUCGUGUCCGCCUUCAACUUUUCUCAACACAUCAUCCCUCAUUUCCUCGCCAACGAGCCCAAUGAGACCACCCGUGCUCGAGGGACACUCAUCUUCACAGGAGCUACUAUGGCUCUUCGUGGCGGCGCUCCAUUCAGCACCAUGGCGCCUGCUAUGUUUGCUAGACGAGCGUUGACGCAGAGCCUCGCGAGAGAGUUUGGACCCAAAGGGGUGCAUGUUGUGCAUGCCAUCAUCGACGGCAAAAUUGCACCUCCAAAGGACAGCGGCAGGGAGAUGCCCUCCGAGGCAAUCGACUCGAACGAUAUCGCUCAAAACUAUCUCGACUUGGUCAAUCAACGUGCUACUGCAUGGACUCAGGAGCUGGAUAUCAGGCCGUCGGACGAGUCUUGGUGACCGUGCCCAGCUUCUAGCCGAGCGAUAUGCAUGUGCAAUACCCGCUCGACCAAUUCCGCUGGCACAAUUAUUAAAAAAUUUAAUUAACCUAUUCCGCAACAUCCUCGGGCUGCAUCGGAACCGGGAUGAGUCGAAAUUCCAGCAGUAUCAGCAGGACUACGACCUCAAUGUCAAGCGUUCGACGACGAGCGCCGCGCCGGGCACGCGAUCGUUGUAUCUCAUCGGGCGCGCUCUUAUUCAAGACCGACAGUCCAAUGCGCACACGUCCUCGACUCG